ACCGCUCAGUGUGGCAGGCACUUUGUAUCUCACCACAUCAUGAAUAGAUGUACACUGCUGACUCUUGCAGCCCUACUCAGAUCCUGCUCUCAGUUUACAGAUGCUGUCAAUAAUAAUUUACAAAAGAAUGGACUAUCAGAAAAGACAGAUGUGUACAUGCCAGUUGUUUGCCCUCAGCUUGCUCCCUCAUCACCAGCCUCAUCAGUUCACACUCUCAGACCUGCUGACAUCUCUGCGGUUUAUACCUUGGGAUUGCUAUUCUCACACAGUGCUGAACCAUCCAGACUGGUCAGUAGAAUAGUUGAACUGCUGUCCAUGUUUAAUUCUGACAUCGUCUGUAAAUAUGUGGAUCUGCCAUUUACACAGCCCAGGAGUUUGUUGGAAGAAGCUGAAGAAUUGUCUUUAUCCUUUUCACAUCAGAUUUCAGACUGGAAGCUCAUGUUGCUGUUCGUCCCAGCAGAUACCAUGUGUGCCUGUUCACCAAAUGUUGCAUCAGAUGUUAAAGCUGCAGUGCAGGAAGUGGAAGAAGCUCUACAAAUACUACAGAAAAAGGUGCAUUGUGCCCUUGUUCAUAUUGUGGUCUGGAGCGAAUCUCAUCACAAGGGAAACCAGUGUUCUUGUAUGAGUGAUGAAAGCAAAGACGGAAGACUACAUAAAGCCAUUCUUCUAAAAACACUGCAGGACUCUCUAAGUCAUUCUUUAGAAAAUCCAAAGUGGCCAAGUCAAAAUGCAGACUUUACUGCCGUGGUGCAGCCUGCACCACUUGUCCUCAGUCACAUCUCAGAAUCUAACAGUGAGUUGUUUGACUUAAACCAACUAGCUGUUCAGCUGUGGACAAACAUGCUUCAACCGCUGGCAAGUCAAGCUGAUGUCUUGGACAACAACGUCCUCGCCAUUCCGUGUCCCACAGAGGAACGACCUUUUCUGAGGACGCAUAAUAACUCCCCACCUGAUCGAGCCAAAACAGUUUUCAACAAAGCUUUCACAUUGGUUGAGCCUGUUAUGGGUACCGAGAUACUUUGCACAGACCGCCGUCCAUCUCCUACUGUACCAAAUUCAGUUCAUGAACUCAGACCCUGUGAUAUCAAGGUGGUGGCAGCACUCGGCGACUCCAUCACAUCAGGCAAUGGUGUGGGUGCACAGGUGGACAGCCUUCUGUUAGUUAUUACAGAGUAUAGAGGACUGUCAUGGAGUAUUGGUGGUGAUGCCAACAUUUCAACUGUCACCACUCUGCCAAACAUCCUGAAGGAGUUCAACCCUGCACUGACUGGCUUUUCAGAGGGAAAAGGCAGUCGGGACAAUCCUAAGGCCUUCCUCAACCAGGCUGCGGCGGGAGCUAAAGCUAGUGAUUUGGUAGAACAGGUUCACCGCCUUGUGGACAAAAUGAAAAACGACACGCGUAUUAACUUCCGCAAUGACUGGAAAGUGAUCACGAUCUUCAUUGCAGGCAAUGAUAUAUGUGACUUCUGUACAGACAGUCUAUAUUUCUCAGCAACUAAUGUGGUUGGUCGCAUCCGCGAUGCUCUGGACAUACUCCAUAAAGAAGUGCCUCGUGCUUUUGUGAAUCUAGUUGAGCUGCUAAACAUUGUACCAUUGCGUGACCUGCACAGUGAUAACACUCUCAAUUGUCCCACCUGGUUCGUAAAAAUAGUUUGCCCUUGUGUACUGAAGCCACGACAAGGAUCGUCUGAACUCCAGAAGGUCAACGACUUUAAUCGAGCCUAUCAGCGCGCCAUGAGAGAGCUGGUGGACUCUGGGCGAUACAACACACACGACAACUUCACUGUUGUUCUGCAGCCAUUUUUUAGAGAAGUUUUGCUUCCCAGGCUUGAGGAUGGCACGCCUGAUCGCUCUUACUUUACACCUGACUGCUUUCAUCUCAGCCAGAAAGCUCACACUCUCAUGGCUCGUGCUCUUUGGAACAACAUGUUAGAACCUGUCAACAACAAGACUUUUACCCAAGACUUCAUGGCUGGUGUUAAUUUGAAGUGUCCUUCUGAGACUAUCCCAUUCUUUAGGACUGCUGCCAAUAGCAACUACAGUUUUCCGGGACCUCCACCAACUCCCGGCCCUGUCACAAACUGGGGCAGUGACUUUUCCUGUGUUAACACAGCUCCAUCUGACUCUGUCCCUACGUCAGCUCACAGGUUGCGACCAGCGGACAUAAAAGUGGUGGCUGCCCUGGGAGAUUCAAUCACGACCGGCUUUGGUGCAAAGGCAAAGAACCUGCUGCAGCUCAGGACAGAGUACAGAGGCGUGUCGUGGAGUAUCGGAGGAGAUAAAACUCUUGAGACUGUCACAACAUUACCCAACAUCCUGAAGAAAUUCAAUCCUAGUAUCAAAGGAAUGUCAAAAGGACAAGGAAAAUGGCAGACCGGAUUCAACAUGGCUGCAUCAGGAGCAAAAAUAUCAAAGAUUCCAGAGCAGGUCAGACGCCUCAUUGAUGCCAUGAAAAAAGACACGACGGUGGACUUUGACAAUGACUGGAAACUGGUGACCCUCUUCAUCGGUGGCAAUGACCUGUGUCAGUACUGCAAUGAUCGGGCGUCUUUGUCACCACAGAACUACAGUUAUCAUAUGAUGACAAGCUUGGAUAUUUUGUACAAAGAGGUUCCCAGGAUGAUCGUUAAUGUCUUGGAGAUCCUGGAAAUUGAAGGCCUUCGCAGGAUUAAAAAGGAUAGUCUUGGGUGCACUCUGCUACAACCGCUUGUUUGCCCAUGCUUCUUGUUACCUGGAGACGAUUCCCCAGAACUAGCUGAAGUAAAACGAAUCAACCGGGAACUGCAGGUUGAGACUGAAAAACUUGUAUAUGGCGGCCGCUAUGACGACAGAGAUGACUUUACUGUGGUUGUGCAGCCCUUUUUAAAAAACACCAUUGUUCCUUUGAACUCUGAUGGAACACCCGACACCACAUACUUCUCAGUGGACUGUUUCCACUUCAGUGAGCGGGGACAUGCUGACAUGGCUGCAGCUCUGUGGAAUAACAUGUUGGAGCCAGUGGGUAAAAAGCAGACAUACAACAAUUUCACAAAUUCCAGAAAUAACAUCAACUGCCCUACUGAGGAGCAUCCAUUCAUUUUCACAAAGGCAAACAGCUUACCCAUGAUGACCACUACCCAUAUACCCCAAACCCACACAACUACACUAUUACCGGUCACCUCUACCCAAACCUUCUCCACGGCCUUACCGCUCAUCACUGAUUGUUUGGACUGUGUGCCAAUAUGGCUUGCCGUUGUCUUUGCUAUUAUGGGUCUUCUCAUUGGAUGGGUUGUCACUUGGCUGCUCCUUACCUGCAGAACCAAAAGAAAUCAAAGGAGGUUGCAGACAGUGGAGAUGAAGAACACUGUGUUUUAAAAUGCUGUUCAUGCUGUACUUGCCCUGUAUGUUCACAGCUUUCUGGAAUAAUUAGCCACACACAUUUUCAUAAUAAACCAUGAUACAAUAGCCUUUCUUUAUUUGACUCAUAAGCAAUAAAGCUGAAAAUUACAGGAGAAUAAUGUCAUCAAAACAUUGCUAAAGCAAAAAUGUAGAUAUAUUUCAAGCUAGAAUGUAUUGUUUAAUCACUAAGUACAACUGUUAUUUUUAUUUUGUUAUAUUGCAUAUCAAAAGCAACGCAUGUGCCAGUACGUGUACAGACCCUGCACUGAAUGUAGCCUAUAAAUAAUGUGAUAUGGAUGCACAUUCCUGAGCCAUCCAGCAAGAGCCAGUGUUCAGCAGUGUCAGCAGAGCAUGUGACAUUCUUUUGAUACAGACUCAGUAACAAUGUAUCAAAACACAGAUGUUGCAAACAGUGGUGUUUCUAGAGUCUGUUGAAGCCCUGGUAGGCAAAGAUUCAAAGAGGGGGAGACUCCAAUCAGCAUUUGUCACCAUUAUAUCACAAGUGUAGCCCUAUCUGUCUCUUAUUGUCAGUCAUCCUGUCUUUACCUCUCUCUUUUUGUAAUAUUAAGCAUUAAGUGCUCCAGUAAUAGUGUAAAAUAAUAUUG